AUGCAGGUGCCCUACUUCGCUAUGGCCCGACACUCGGCGCCCGUGGGUCAUGCCUUCACAGCAGCGGGCUUCCUCCAUGAGAACGAGGUGCCUCAGUGGGGUGUCUACGACGGCUGCGGCGCGCCCUGCCAAGACGAAGAGGAGCGAUGGUGCGGCUGCGCCAACGAGGCUGGAAGAGGCUUUCCCAGCCCCCACUGUGCUGCUGGGGAGAAGCGCUUCGCUGUCUACAAGAUCGCGGAGCAAGCGAACGUCACGGUGGCGAAACCCGCCGAUGCGGAGACGGAGACGACUGCGUCCCCGGACCCCGCCGCCAGUGCCGCCAGUGCCGCCAGUGCCGCCAGUGCCGCCAGUGCCGCCAGUGCCGCUAGUGGCACGGAGGUGUCAAACACAUCUCAGACUUCGCGGGCUGGACUGCCGUACUGGAAGCUUUCUGGCGAGAGCGAAGGCGAGCAGUUCAUCGAGGUGGCGAUGCCCCAAAACACCCGCGCCACGGCGAGUGGCAGCGAGGUCCUCGUCUUCAAUGCGACGGAGAGCGAAGGUGCCGGAGAGGCUGCGUCUCCCAUCAGCAAGGUGAAGCUGCCGGUGACCGUUUCGGCGGACUCUUGCAAGCAUGAUGAGGCGCAGGAUGGCUGGGUGCUUAAGUGCAAGCUGGAGAAGGAGGAGGUGCGCGAGUUGCCGAUCAAAGUUGUCGACGAGCUCUGA